AUGAGAUACAGAGGGAGUUGGGAUAAUGAGAGUAACAGUGAGCAUAUAGGAAGGCUGGUGGCGGGAGUGGGAGGCGGGAAGGCUGGUGGCGGGAAGGCUGGUAGCGGGAAGGCUGGUGGCGGGAAGGCUGAUGGCGGGAAUGGGUGGCGGGAAAGAAGGAGGCGGGAAGGCUGGUGGCGGGAGUGGGAGGCGGGAAGGCUGGUGGCGGGAAGGCUGGUGGCGGGAAGUCUGGUGGCGGGAAAGAUGGAGGCGGGAAGUAUGGAUAGUGGCAGGACAAACUUAGACCUCCAUCAACAUCUUAGUGACCUCCUCCAUCAUCUUUGUAACCCUAUAUCAGCAACCUUGUGGCCCUCUUUCGGCAACUUUGUGGCCCUCCUUCGGCAACUUUGUGGCCCUUCUUCAGCAACUUUGUGGCCCCUCCUUCAGCAACUUUGUGGCUCUCCUUCAGCAACUUUGUGGACCUUCCUCAGCAACUUUGUGGCCCUCCUUCGGCAACUUUGUGGCCCUCCUUCAGCAACUUUGUGGACCUUCCUCAGCAACUUUGCGGCCCUCCUUCAGCAACUUUGUGGACCUUCCUCAGCAACUUUGUGGCCCUCCUUCAAUAACCUUGCAACCAUACAUCAACAACCUUUAACUUUGUGGCCCUCCUUCAACAACUUUGUCGACCUUCCUCAGCACUAUGUGGCCUUCCUUCAACAACAUUGUGGCCCUCCUUUAGCAACUUUGCGGCCCUCCUACAGCAACUUUGUGGCCCUCCUUCAGCAACUUUGUGGCCCUCUGUCAGCAACUUUUUGGCCCUCCUUCAGCAACUUUGCGGCCCUCCUUCAACAACAUUGUGGCUCUCCUUCAGCAACUUUGUGGCCCUCCUUCAGCAACUUUGCGGCCCUCCUUCAGCAACUUUGUAGCCCUCCUUCAGCAACUUUGCGGCCCUCCUUCAGCAACUUUGUGGUCCUCCUUCAGCAACUUUGUGGUCCUCCUUCCUCCUUCAGCAACUUUGUGGCCCUCCUUCAGCAACUUUGCAACGGCCCUCCUUCAGCAACUUUGUGGCCCUCCUUCAGCAACUUUGUGGUCCUCCUUCAACAACUUUGCGGCCCUCCUUCAGCAACUUUUGUGGCUCUCCUUCAGCAACUUUGUGGCCCUCCUUCAGCAACUUUGUGGCCCUCCUUCAGCAACUUUGUGGCCCUCCUUCAGCAACUUUGCGGCCCUCCUUCAGCAACUUUGAGGCCCUCCUUCAGCAACUUUGUGGCCCUCCUUCAGCAACUUUGUGGCCCUCCUUCAGCAACUUUGUGGCCCUCCUUCAGCAACUUUGCGGCCCUCCUUCAGCAACUUUGCGGCCCUCCUUCAGCAACAUUGUGGCUCUCCUUCAGCAACUUUGUGGCCCUCCUUCAGCAACUUUGCGGCCCUCCUUCAGCAACUUUGUGGCCCUCCUUCAGCAACUUUGCGGCCCUCCUUCAGCAACUUUGUGGCCCUCCUUCAGCAACUUUGCGGCCCUCCUUCAGCAACUUUGCGGCCCUCCUUCAGCAACUUUGUGGCCCUCCUUCAGCAACUUUGUGGCCCUCCUUCAGCAACUUUGUGGCCCUCCUUCAGCAACUUUGUGGCCCUCCUUCAGCAACUUUGUCCUUCAGCAACCCUCCUUCAGCAACUUUGUGGCCCUCCUUCAGCAACUUUGUGGCCCUCCUUCAGCAACUUUGUGGCCCUCCUUCAGCAACUUUGUGGCCCUCCUUCAGCAACUUUGUGGUGGCCCUCCUUCAGCAACUUUGUGGCCCUCCUUCAGCAACUUUGUCAGCAACUUUGUGGCCCUCCUUCAGCAACUUUGUGGCCCUCCUUCAGCAACUUUGCGGCCCUCCUUCAGCAACUUUGUAG